UAUCUCACUUUUCGUUUUUGUCUCAAUUUCCGAAGGAAGCAUAGAACAAAGAACCCUCACCGGUGACGCAAAACGGCAUAAUACACGUCUAAACGAAGAGACGAGAACAAGAGCAAGAGGAAAACAGCAGCAUCUUAAACAAAAUCUAUGGCCGAUAAAGUCGACGUGAAUGCCAAAUGGGACGCGUGUCUUGAUCUGACGGUCCGACGCUCUGUUUACUCCACCUUGGCUGGCGCCUUUGGCGGUCUUCUUUUCUUCAGGACCCCAGUGAGUCGCUGGGCAUCGGUGGCUUUUGGUGCUGGAGUGGGCAUUGGGUCUGCUUACACCGAAUGUUCUCAUAUAUUUGAUGGAUCUGCAAAGUUGGAACCUCCUAAGAUAUCAAAUGUUCCUGCUCAUGAGUGUUUUUGUUUCCAGGAUGUUCAGGGCUGAGCUGAUCUUUAAAGGUCAUGAUGAUUGAGCUACAAUUCAGGAUUUUUCUUGAAAUUGAGAUUGUUGUUCGCUUUUGACAAUGGAGUUCAAACAUUGUUCUUUAUGGAUAAAUAGUUUAACGUUCUGUAUUACAAAUUUCUUAUGAUCCUAUUACUUUCUGUUUGUAAUUUGAGGUAAAUUUUCAGUGGGAAUAGGAAAAGAAAGAAAUAAUAAGAAAGGAACAUUUACAUUUUGCCCAUUCUUUCUUAGAAUUUAUAUGUUGGCAAAGGAUAAUCUUUCAGUCUUAAUAGAAUUCAGAAUCCUCUAA